ACGUGGGGAGGAAAGGACUUCUGAGGUUUUGCAUCCCAUUCCCAACUCGCUGUAGUCGACUCUGAACUUUCGGACCUGAGGGUGCUUGGGGACGUUGUCGCAGCUUUUCUUCCCCUCAAUUUCAAAAUACGCGUGGAUCCAAGUCAAACUAAUAUGAAAACAUGUCUGUAAACGAAGUGUACGUUUUCCGGCCGUUCAAGCUGAUUGCUUUACUUUGUGUAUUUUUGGCGUUGUGUCUGGACAUCGUAGCGUUAUUGAGUCCCGCCUGGGUAACCGCAGAGCGUUUUUCUCUGUCGCUAUGGGAAUCAUGCACGGAAACAGAGUCGGGCUGGAGGUGCCUUUCAACACUUACAUCUGACUGGCAGGUAGCCACGCUGGUGCUCCUGCUGGCCGGCGCUGCCGUGACUCUGGUGGCCUUCCUGGUGGCCGUCAUCUCCCUGUGCCGGGGGACACACAGACGGCACUAUCGCACGGUGGCUGUGUUCCUGUUCACUGCAGUGGUCCUUCAGGCAUGCGCUCUGGUCCUCUACCCAAUCAAGUUCAUCGACGGAACCGUCUUGCAGACCUACCAUGAGUUCAACUGGGGCUACGGACUGGGCUGGGGGGGCACCAUCUUCAUGCUUGGAGGAGGCGUCCUCUUCUGCCUCCGGACGGACAUGUACGAGGACGCUAUGUACUGAGGACUCUCUCCACCCUUAUACUUUCUCUCUCUCUCUCUCUUGUUCGUCCUGUGUCUCUUUAACACACACAAACGCACUAUUGUAUGGCAACACACAAACGCAUAAACAUACAUACACACACAUUUCUUCCUCCGCCCAGAUAGACAAGCUUAGACAUCAUCACGCGGUAUAUCUAACAGACACCCACUCAGUCCCAGACAGGUGGGAGGACAUUAUAAACUAGGGCCCUGAAGGAACAGCUGUGUGGGGAGAACGUCUGUCCCCGGUGGUCUCCCAGGGCUGCCAGUGGGCUCAGAGAGGCCCACAACACGGUCAGACGGACGCCUUGGUUUUUAAAGCACAGAGAUGGUUUUGGACAGAGAUGGGCCACUCUAACCUAUGAACCUUUCUACAGCACAUCCCACGGAUCUCCAUUUGUAGAGGUACAAGGAAGAUUCCCUCGGCCCUCCCGUGAGGGCUGAGGCUUUUACGUAAGGGAUCGGUGUAUAUUAUUUUUAUUUUGCGUGUUUGUUUGUGUAGGAUUUCAUGAUGACUAAUCAUGUUGUUAUUGUAUUGAUGGUAUAAUUUUCUUGCUAUCCAAUCACCCAUUGGAAGAGGUAUAUUUUAUGUAUUGCUUUUGGAUCAUUUGAGUUUCUAAACACUAAUAACUUGGUUUAAUAGCUUGGUUAUAAAAUGGGAUCAGAGGUAAAGCCCUCUCUACAUGUCUUCAUAGCUGAAACAUAUCUGGUUUUGCUAACUCCUGACAUUUGAAGUGUAAAAUAAACAUUACUGAUGGAUGCAAUAAUAAACACGUGUUUCUCAUUUUCUCAGAU